GUAGAGUUGCCUCACACGACUUCCACCGUUCACUGCUUUUGUCACGGAUCCACGAGGAAAGCCAUGGCCAUCUACCAGCAGCCCGGCGCUUAUCCGCCCGUCAGCCCAACCCGGGUGGUGCAAGUGACCACCACCCACACCACCCAACGCCACGGGUCAUGGAGCACCACUCUCUGCGACUGCUGCAGUGACAUGGGCACCUGUUGCUGUGGGCUCUGGUGUUUCCCCUGCAUGCAGUGUCAGACGGCCAGUAUGCAUGGCUGGUGCUGUGCCAUGCCACUCCUGGAUGUCUGCUGUAUCGUGUCCUGCCUCCUGCGUUCCUCCAUUCGAGAGCGCCACGGCAUCGGCGGUUCGUGCUGCGGCGACUGCUGCGAGCUCAACUGGUGCUACAUGUGCGUGUGGUGCCAGAUGAACCGAGAGCUGAAGAUCCGGGCAGGGCAGGCCGGCCAAUCCAUGGUCACCACGCAGGUCAUCAAUAUAUAGGAUGCAACCUCCGGGAAUAUGGCACUAGGUCAUAAUAGCUGCAGGCUCCUUUUUGUAGUUGUAGUGUUCUGUCAUAAGUAUAAGUUGAAAGACAAAGUAGUUGCCGACAGUUUCACGUUUGUUCUCGGCAGAUGUUUUAAUUUGGACCGUUUUGAGUAACCAUUUUAUAUUCUGUGAUACUGACUCAUAUCACCCCUGUUCUUCACAUGCUUUGCUGUUGCAUUUUGUAACUUGUGUUAAAAGCAAAUUUAUGUUUUUCUAAUAAAUGUUUUAUACAGCUUAUAAAAAAAACUCCUUCUCCCUGA